GCGACGCGGCGGCGGGCGCUCAGUCCUCGAGGCGUCGGCGCUGUGCGGUGUGGGGCUUUGCGGCGUGUCGGCUGAGUGCGCGUGCGCCGACAUGGCCUCAAACGACUAUACCCAGCAAGCAACCCAAAGCUAUGGGGCCUACCCCACCCAGCCUGGGCAGGGUUAUUCCCAGCAGAGCAACCAGCCCUACGGACAGCAGAGUUACGGUGGCUACAGCCAGUCUGGGGACACUUCAGGCUAUGGCCAGAGCACCUAUGGUUCUUAUGGGCAGACCCAGAACACAGGCUAUGGCACCCAGUCAGCUCCCCAGGGAUAUGGCUCAACCGGUGGCUAUGGCGGUGGCCAGAGUUCUCAGUCAUCUUAUGGGCAGCAGUCCUACCCUGGCUAUGGCCAGCAGCCAGCUCCUAGCAGCACCUCGGGAAGUUACGGUAGCAGCUCUCAGAGCAGCAGCUAUGGGCAGCCCCCGAGCGGGGGCUAUGGUCAGCAGUCUGGCUAUGGUGGACAGCAGCCUAGCUAUGGACAGCAGCAAAGCUCCUAUAAUCCUCCUCAGGGCUAUGGACAGCAGAACCAGUACAACAGUAGCAGUGGAGGUGGCGGAGGGGGUGGAGGAGGUAACUAUGGCCAAGAUCAGUCCUCCAUGAGUGGUGGCGGCGGUUAUGGCAAUCAGGACCAAAGCGGUGGUGGCGGUGGCUACGGGGGCGGCCAGCAGGACCGCGGGGGACGAGGCCGGGGCGGUGGCGGUGGUUACAGCCGCAGCAGCGGCGGCUAUGAACCCAGAGGCCGUGGCGGCGGCCGUGGCGGCAGAGGCGGCAUGGGCGGAAGUGAUCGUGGUGGCUUCAAUAAAUUUGGUGGCCCUCGGGACCAAGGAUCUCGUCAUGACUCUGAACAGGAUAAUUCAGACAACAACACCAUCUUCGUGCAAGGCCUGGGCGAGAAUGUCACAGUCGAGUCUGUGGCUGAUUACUUCAAGCAGAUUGGUAUUAUUAAGACAAAUAAGAAAACAGGACAACCCAUGAUUAAUCUGUACACAGACAGGGAAACAGGCAAGCUGAAGGGAGAGGCAACGGUAUCGUUUGAUGACCCACCUUCUGCUAAAGCAGCUAUUGACUGGUUUGAUGGUAAAGAAUUCUCUGGGAAUCCUAUCAAGGUUUCAUUUGCUACUCGGCGUGCAGAUUUCAAUCGAGGUGGUGGCAAUGGUCGUGGAGGCCGAGGGCGAGGAGGACCCAUGGGCCGCGGAGGCUAUGGAGGUGGUGGCAGUGGUGGCGGUGGCCGAGGUGGAUUCCCAAGUGGAGGUGGUGGCGGUGGAGGACAGCAGCGAGCUGGGGACUGGAAGUGUCCUAAUCCUACAUGCGAGAACAUGAACUUCUCUUGGAGGAAUGAAUGCAACCAGUGUAAGGCCCCUAAACCAGAUGGCCCGGGAGGGGGACCAGGAGGCUCUCAUAUGGGGGGUAGCUACGGAGAUGAUCGUCGUGGAGGCAGAGGCGGCUAUGAUCGGGGCGGCUACCGAGGCCGAGGCGGGGACCGCGGGGGCUUCCGAGGGGGCCGGGGUGGUGGGGACAGAGGAGGCUUUGGCCCUGGCAAGAUGGACUCCAGGGGUGACCACAGACAGGAUCGAAGGGAGAGGCCAUAUUAGCCUGCCUCCUGCAGUCCUGAAACGGCUUUUCUUCUAUAUCCAGUGUGACCUUCGUUGUUUUGUAACUUUUCAACUUCUGACCCACCAUGGGUUUUUGUCGGACUAUGUUAUUGUAACCAUAUAUCUGGUUCCCAUUAAAAACCAUCGUUUUAGUUAAA